CGAAUGACAAAGAUGCACUAGAAGACAUGUUACUGAAAGGAUUAUUGGGAAGGAUUGGAGAGAAGAGGAUAUGCGGGUGGGUGCCACAAGUGGAGGUUCUAGCUCAGAAGGCAAUUGGAAGGUUUGUAUCUCACUAUAGAUGGAACUCGAUUCUAGAGAGUUUGUGGUAUGGAGUACCUAAUGUGACAUGGCCUAUGUAUGCUAAGCAACGACUCAGUGCGUUCAUGAUGGUGAAGGAAAUGGGGUUAGCAGUGGAGUCGAGAUUGGAUUUCAGGAGCAAUGGCAAUCUCGUGAUGGCUGAGGAAAUAGAGAAAGCUUUGCACUGGCAUUUCUCCGCCGUGGACCUCACGCACCUUGCUGCCAGCACAGCCAGGGUCAGGAUUACCUACGGGUCAGCCGGAGAUCCGAUCCAAUCGUCGCAGAUUGUGGUGAAAUUUCCUCGUUUAAUCAACGGAACUGCCCAGUCGAUGACAGAAGGCAGGCUGUAGUUCAAAUCAAUGGCGUGCCUUCCUAAAAAGAUUUCCAGUAACAGGAUGCCGUAGCUGAACACGUGCUCAUUAAGUUUACGUCAUCACUCAUUUAGUUGCACUGUUCCUUGCCUGUUGACUUAAAAUGUACUCCCUCGAUCAAAUGAAGUUUAUUUUAUGGG